GAGUUCUUGGAUAGCUCCGUCGUCCUCCAUGUCGUCAAGGAAACCAUUGGUUUCAUUCUCUACAUGCACCAGCAAAUCCCUUCCAUUUUGCAGGAUAUAAGUCUUGAAUUCGACUUAUUGCAUACUGAAUAUGAAGAGUUGGAGGAGGAUCUUGCGAAAACGGAGAUGAAGGCGUGACGAAAGCACAUUGGCAGAAUGAGAGAAGUCAAACGAGGGAUAAAAAAGAUGGAGAAGUUCAUGAGUACAAUUUCAAGUAUUCAAACUGCAUUGCAAUUGAUGAUAAGAGAAACCCCUAACGUCCAGGAGGUUAUUUUGGUCCUUGGGGCAAGUCCAAUUCGCCCUCAGCAUGUUUACCAGUUGUGUUUUAUGCAUUCGAAUCCUGCUCCGACCGUCGAAGCUAAUUUCGUGAAAGGCAAAACAGCGGAAGGGCUUUCAAGGAAGGCUAUUAGGGCAUUGAUUUCAAAAGGUGCAGGUUCCAGUUCCUAUCCAGGCCUUACUAAGUUGUUUCUGAUGGUUAAAGCUCCCACCUCAUUCAAUUUGCCUAUGCAUUUUCCUCCAAAACGGGACUUCAGAUACAGUAAAAAGAUUGUGCCUUUCAGGUUACGGUUUAGAUGUAGAACCCAAGGUUUGAAAAUGGAUGAUGAUCAGAGUUCACAGUCUGGCAGAUCAACAGGGAUAGAUUCUUCAAAUGAUCUAAUCUGGUUUCAAUGCCGGCAUGCAAUAAAGGGCAUACCAUUCAAGACACCAGAAGAAGAAUGAAAGGUUCACCUUC